CAUUUUUAAAGCUUUCUGAAAUAGGUCUGUGAAUUAAUAUGUGAAGUGAAUAACUAACUUAACCAUUGUAACAUUCUCAGAGACCGUGAUAUGGACAAAGGGAAGAAGUCGCCGGUCCCCUCCAAACAGGCCCAACCGCCAGGCUCCCCGAAGAAACUCAGCAUGCGCGGCGGUGCCAUCGUCAUCAGGGGUGUCACGCUUUUCCUAGCAGCUGGCAAAAGUCACAGGGCCUCGCCGAACCCAGCCGGCAAGGGUGGCAAAGGUAAAGGAAGGAAGAAGAUGUCCGAUAAAGACGCGUGCAAGUGUUCGCCGAAAGUUAUGGAGGCUGCCAGAAGGGAUACCCUAUUGGACAGGAAAGAAAUCGAAGCUCUCUACAAAAUCUACAAGAAGUUGAUUACCUUCAGUAAAACCAAGAAGACAGAAAAUGUCAAGAAGAGUUCUUCAGCAACAAUAAUUGGGAAACAAACAACUGUUUCAGAAGGUAUCGACAGGAUAGUAUUCACCGAGGUCCUUCAUAAUACUUUCGAUAUAAUCACAGAAAAUACGCUGAUGGAUAGAAUUUUUUGUGUCUGGGAUAACAACAACUGUGGUCUCAUCACGAUAGAAAAUUGGUUUCGUGGGAUGUCAUUAUUUCUAAAAGGCAGUGUAGCAGAUCAGAUUGAAUACUGUUUUGCAGUGUAUGAUCUCAAUUCUGAUGGUUUCAUCACCAAGGAUGAAAUGUUUCAACUCUUGAGGAACUCCUUGAUCAAACAUCCACAAGAAGAAGAUCCAGAUGAAAAUGUGAAGGAUCUUGUUGAUAUAGUAAUGAAAAAAAUUGACAAAGAUAAGGAUGGAAAGGUGUCCCUAAGAGAUUUUCAAGUCACCGUAGAGGAAGAACCAUUACUUCUUGAAGCAUUCGGGAAGUGCCUACCUACACAAGAAUCUAAAAUAACUUUUCUGACUACCCUGAAGUCGUAAUAAAAUUUGAAUUUUAUCUGUCCUAUAACUUUGAAAUAAUAAGUGCUUGUACAUCAGGAGUGGAAAUUUAUGGGAAUAUAUAGCAAUUUCA